GCACUCUCCGACUGUAGCGGUAUCACAUCUGCAACUUACCUUACCUGUGCAGUUUCAACACCACCGUGUCUCAUGUCGCAUGUGAUAUAAUCCCGAACUGAUCAAAUGAUCAUUUUAUUAACAUUUUAUUUGGCUCUAUGUCGUGUCGAUGAUCAGACGCGUUUUGCGGGAAAGUCAAAGUACCUUUAUUUAAGUGCGCGAAGUUAAUACCUUCAACGACUACGCUACAUAUUUGUUUUUAUUUUUAAAAAUAAAAUUUAAAAACAAAAAAAGAUACAGAUUUUAUUACUUACUUAUUUUUGAAGUAUACAAAAAUUAACGCAGUUCGAUCUUUUGAAUUCAGAGCCGGUUUCUGUUUUUUAAGAACACAAGCGUAAACAUUUACAACAAAAGAAGUCAUCGGAUAAGAAGGAGGAGUCUUAAACAAAAAGUAUUUUAAUAAUUUGUCACUACUUUGUGAAAAAGACAAUAAUUUUUAUUCAAUAUACACACAUUAAUAAAAAAUGUGUCGAUGUUGUCAGAGCUGUUAUGAAGAUAUUUACUGGAAUUGCUUUGAAGAGAAAUUUUGCUAUGACGAAUCGAUAGCAAAUUAUAAUCCAGAUGAAGAUGAAGAAUAUAUUGUUCAAAAAAAUGGUGCCCUUGGGCGUAUACACACCAUUGACAAUAACAAUUUACCGGUAUGCAAUCAGCCACUUGGAAGAGGUAACUCUAUGCUGAGUGCAAAAAUACAUGAAGAAGACUAUCGUCGAGAAACACAAAUGAAUGUGCCAAUGCUAGGUCCGGAAAUUUUAGCUGUUUUUGCAAAUUCCCAAAUCUUCCAAGAUCAUCAGCCAACCAAACUAACACGAAUAGGUACAAGAUCCUAUUUACCAGGUGUACACGCUGCUAAAGAUCUCACAUCACCCCGAGAUGUUGAUCAAGAUAAAUUGAUCAAAAGACUGGAAGACAAUCUCGAUGAAGCCGUUAAGAUUAUCAAUAAUCCACCACCACCACCGGUUACAGAGCCCUCAACAGAGAAACGUAUUAAAUUCACAAUCACAUCAGAUUCCUCGCCAGAAGAUAGUCUUUCUUUGAAAUCGAAAAAAUCCGAUACAAUAAAUGAUGGAGCUUCUCCACCAUCGUCUACUUAUUCACCCAAAUCUAGCGAUGACAAAUUAGAUUCAGUGAAUGAUGAAGGUGAAGAUGAACAAGAUGAGGUUAUACUCCGUCCACGAUUGAUAGAUCGACAUCCACAUUUGAAAUCGAGUAUUUCACCGCCAAACAGACCUUUGCGCAGUGCCAAGAGUGUUCCACACUUCAAUGUGCGUCCAGCGGCCAGUGAUACAGACAUAUUCGCUAUAUCCGGUUCGAUAAGUCGAAUCAGCAUGACUCCUGAAGUACCUUCAAUUUCUUUCAGCAACCUGCCAAAGAACUACGAAGAUACACCUACAAUAGAGAAGUAUAAGGUUUCACAGAGUUUGUAUUCGAUCCAAACGGCCAACCAGGCUAAAGCGGGACAAGACGACUACUCAAUGCCAAGGUAUUUCAGAUGUUCGGCUCUGCUGACUCAGAGCUCGGACAACUUUUCAAUACCUUCCUCGUCGGCUUGUUCGUCCAGUGAUGAUAUUAUAACUCCUCGAAAGUUGGAGAAGGAGAAAAGCAAACGUUUGAAGGCUUUGCGGGAAGCACUGCCGCCUCUGUCAAUACCAUCACUUCGUAAAAGGGAUGAAACCAAGCAGUUAGACUAAAAGGUUCCUUAGCUUCUUCUUGAAACUGCGGCACAAUAUGUACUCCUUACGUUGUUUUUUAAAAAGUAUUUUUUUUAUGAGUUUAACUACGGUUAUUAACGAUAUUGUUAAAUAUAAUUUUAAAAAUGUAUAAAAUUGUCAACUGUUUUUUUUUUAAAUAUUUAAUAAUAUUAUUAUCUAUACAUAAUGUAUUUUUAUUCCCAAAAAUGAAUUUUGUACAUGAAUUAAAGCAUUUAUUAUAAGAUAA